AUGGACUUGGAAACUAAAGAUGAAGAGGAAGAGAGUCUGCAAACAGCUUUCAAAAAGCUGAGAGUGGAUGCAGCAGGAUGUAUUGCAGCUCUGUCUGUGGGCGACGGGACGAUUCUCAGAACUCCGACAAGAGCAGCCGUGGAUGGAGCCAAGCAACAGACUGUCUGCUCAAAGGAAGCAUGGCAUGGGUGUGUGAGAAAGCCUUCCAGGGGAUCGGCAAGAGUCCCACGUCGCAGACGCUCCAAGUCUCCCGUGCUGCAUCCUCCCAAGUUUACGUAUUGCAAUAUGAAAGCCAACAACCAGCUGAAACACAAAACCCAGGCAGACACGUCAAAGGGUAGUAUCAGCUCAGACAUUUUUGUGACAGCAGAACACGGUACGAAGGACAGAUACGAUUCUCACUUUGAGGCCAGUGAUGACAGAACUGAACCUUUGGAAGCUUUCACCGCCGAAGAGCCUUUGGAGAAGUCAAGAGAGAAUUACCCUGCUCUCUCCUCAUCCUUUGAAACUAGUUUGCAUUCUAGCCAAACCUCCGAUUUCCAGUCCUUAUCCAUGCUUAGCAAUGGCAAGCAGUGCCCUUGUACGGACAAGAAAUGCCAGUGCAAACAGUGGCGAACCAUGGAAGUGUACUCUUUCUCUGGCUUACGGAGCGUCCUGUCAGAAUGCGAAAAGGCAGUCCUAGGAGUCCAUGCCCAGUCUCUUCAAAAUAGAUCCCCUUGUGGGACAGCCUCAUCAGGUUCUCCUAGAUCUUGUUCUGAGCAAGCUCGAGCCUUUGUGGAUGAUGUGACUAUUGAAGAUCUUUCUGGAUACAUGGAAUACUACUUAUAUAUUCCCAAGAAAAUGUCUCACAUGGCAGAAAUGAUGUAUACUUGA